AUGACAGUUUCAAAUAUGGUUGGAGGCCCAGCACAACCGGCACAAGCUGCGUUAAUAGCAAGACCGCCACAGGUCAGACUUGUGCCUCCUGAGAGGAAUGAGGCUACGCUGAGUCGCUCAUCGAGUGUGUACUCGAACUACAGCCUACCUCACUCCAUCGCACCCGGGCCGGAGAACCCCUUACCAGGUCGUCCGCUCCCCGAGCCGGAGUCCUACUACAAGAUCAUGCGUGACAAUAGCACCUCUCGAGCACAGCGAAAGUCGCAGCGGCGCGAGCGGUCUGAUACCAUGUUCUCUCACGAUUCUGCCACCACUAUUGCAUCAUCCACCUCAGGGGCGAUGGAUGGCAUCGAUGACUUUAGCGCCUUCCCUGAGCCUCCGCAUGGCCAGCAGGGAAGCUUGUCUCCAGUCGUAGAGUCACCACACUCAGGUGGCACGUCACCUGUCACGUAUCCCAAGAUCCCACGACCGCGAAGCGGUAGUAACAAGGCCGCCCCUGGCCUAAAGCUUUUCCCACCAGCUGUCAAGUACGAGUAUACGCCAGCUGGACAGCCGAGUCCAACUCUGGGUCUCGCGAACCUGGUCAACACCGACGUUCCUGACGUUCCUGUGCCGCCGUCUCAGCAAGGACUUCCUUCUCAGCAACAGCCGUACAGCGGUGUCCGCCGACCCGGCCUGAACCCCUUCCCGAACCGCAAUCCAGGCCAGGUCCGCAACGGCUCGCCGAACAUGCCUCAGGAGGAGAACAACGGCGCCAUGCCCCAGCCCCUGAGCAUAUCCACCGGCGGCGGCAGCGGAAAUGGUGGCUGGAGCAGGCCAAUGAUGCCACCGCAGCCCGAGCCCACCCCAGACGAGCAGUCCGUCGUCUCGCCGUCCGUCAGUCUUCACUCGAACGCGAGCUCGUUGCUGGCGAAGAGGCUGGGCGCCGACCGCGCUGCUGCGCUAGCCAUGGGCGAGGGCAACGGCAAGAAGGCGCCGCCGGCCAAGUGGAAGCGGCAGCAGGGGCCGGGCACGCCCGGGUUCCUCGUCGAUGACACCCAUGUGCCGUUGCCCGCGACGCCGGGGUGGCAGCCGAAACUGACGCCGACGCGGCGCGGAGACGAUUUGUUUCUGAGCGUUCAGUAA